UGCAGGACAGCGUGCAAAGCUCAGACGCUGCAGACCCGACGGCGAGCGCGCCCGUUUGCAAAAGGAGAGCCCGGGCAGCCAAGCAGCCGCGCUUCUCCCACCUCCUCGCUCCGGGGCUGCGGCUGGCAGCUGCCUGGGCUCCUCCCCUUGGAGAAGGCGCCAAAAGCCCGGGGAGUUCGGGCGAAGCAAGGGAGCCGAUUUGCCCCGAGGGCGCCCGACGGCCGCGCAUGGCGAGCUUCUCCCGGGACUGCCGCCCCCGGCGCGCCCUGACGCGCUCGUCGGGCCGGGACGCCUGCGUCCAGUACGUGCCGGUGGGUAUGCCCCCUCGGAGCCUCCUGGACCAGCUGGUGGUGGACAUGCAGGACCACUUGGAGGAGAUGGAGAAGAUGCGCGUCGUGCUGGUGGACGCCUACCCGUGCCUCGCCACGCGGAGCCAAGGCCGACGGCGAAGGAGCCGCGGCAGGAAGGUCGACAGGCGCUGCCUGGACGACGAGGACGAGGACGACGGCACCAGCGACUACCUGUACUCCCUGGACGUGACCGGCUUCGAGCCCGAGGAGCUGUCGGUGAAGGUGGAAGGCAGGAAGCUGACGGUGAGCGCCAAGCACGACAAGAAAACCGAGGGCACGGACGGCUGCGUCUCGCACGAGUUCCGCGAGGUGCGCAAGGAGGUCUUGCUGCCCGGAGACGCCAACAUCGAGGCGCUGGCCUGCAACUUCUCCGCCGAAUUGGGGUGCCUCUCCAUCGAGGCGCCGCGCCUGGUCCCCAAGUCCGUCGGGGAGAGGACCAUCCCCAUCACCAUCCUGAAGGGCGACGCCGGGGCGGCGAAAAGAGCCUGCCGGGGGAGAAAGAGAAAUCGCGUCCUUCCACCCCGGAGAAAGAGAAAGAGAAAUCGCGUUCUUCCACCCCGGAGAAAGAGAAAGAGAAAUCGAAAUCGCGUCCUUCCACCCCGGAGAAAGGAGCUGCCGUCUGAAAAAGGCGCCCGGCAAUUCCUCGCGGGGAUGUUGUGA